GGCAUAUUUAAUAAACUCUAAUUUGCAGCAUAUAUACAUUUGUAUUGCAAAUGAAAGUUAAAAUAUCCGUCAAGUCUGAUCCAAAUUUUUUUUUUUUUUUUAAAACCCCUAUUGUGUUUGGAGUUUAGCGAAUAAUCCUUUCAGUAUUUCCAAUGACAAUUUUCACAUUUAAAUGUCUGCUUUAAGAUUGAAACAGGACCUCAAACAAUAGAUAUUCUUUUUAUUUUAUUUCCAGCAAUGUUGUCUGCUGCAGAGAAACCAGAAUUGGAAAGUGCCCCUUACUUUUUUGCAGCUUAAUAUAUAUAUAAUUUUAACCACAGCCCCCAUAAAGAGGGUGGGGGAAUGCCAAAAAAAUGCCUUCACUCUUAUUUAAAAAAAUGAUUUGUUGCAGCUUAGUAAGCUGUGUGUGGGUAAUUGCUUCCUGUCACUUGACAGAUUCUGCAUGUACGUUUGACACAUACAUGAACGGAUUUUACACUUCCUUCUGUAGUUGCACACCGCAGACAGAGCUGCUGUAUUUGGUCCUUGCACUACAGAUCCAAUGCUUUGACUCUCUGACCUAAAGAACAAACCAUUCUUCUGAUGAUCACGAUCAUUUCUUGCAACAGUUGCCGUAGAGACUCUCUUCACUGUGCAUGUAACGAACGUAAUGCACUUACUUAUCACAAAUUCUAGUUUCAUGAACUCCAGCGAAGAAUGCCACUUAGAGGCAGAAUUUCAAUAUGGAUUCUUUACAAUUAUCUACAGCCUGGUAUUUAUACUGGGAUUGCCGGUGAAUGCAUACGCUCUAUACUUCCUGUGCCGACGAUCACAGCGUGCUAAACGAUCCAAUGUUUAUUUUGUCAGCCUGUCCGUGGUGGAUACAAUUUUCAUAUGCUUACUGCCAGUUCGGAUAUAUUACCACAACUCAGGUAAUAAUUGGGUGUUUGGAGACGUGGCUUGUCGGAUUACUGGCACUUUAUUUUACUUCAACAUCUACUUGAGCAUUGGUUUUUUUACCUGCAUCUCCCUGGACCGGUACAUGGCAGUUGUGCUUCCGUUAACCUACCUGCGACUGAAAUACAGUUGUUACCCACGGAUAUUGACGUUUGUUAUCUGGUUGCUGGGCUGCGCCAUUGUCUUGCCUUUGAUUUUUGGAGGACCCCUUGACAACAUGUCUGAAAACAGCAGCCGGAUUUCUUGCUUUGAGGACUUCUCCCUAAGUAGUUGGCAAAAUCGGUUGGUGCCUUAUAACGUCUGUGCUUUGAUCUUUGGCUUUCUUGUCCCCUUCUCAGUAAUUGCAGUGGUGUUCCCAGUGAUGGCACGAAAAAUAUGCCAAAUUAAGACCAGUGUUCACCGAAAGGUUGCUCUGCAGAUAAUUGGAUAUAUUCUUGCGGUCUCUCUCAUUUGCUUUUUGCCUUACAACAUCGCUCAUCUGUUUCAUUUCCUUAUGAGACUUGGAUUAAUUCAAGAGUGUGCGAUUGCCAGACACAUCUACAAGCUACGCCGCAUUACUUUAGCCUUAAUUAGCCUCAACAGCUGUCUCAACCCAGUCCUCUAUUUCAUACCAGUCAUAAAUCAGGGACGGUUAAGCAUUCCAAAUUUAUUUCACUCCAAGAAGGAAUACAACAUUUCCAACAAACUCACAGAGGUAAAUGUCCAGGUCACAAGUCCAAUCUACCAGCCUAAACCUGGCAUUGUCACUGUGGUUGCUCAAGCAGAAUGGUCGGUGGUGUAAGGAGAUAUAAGGAUGUAUGAUUUAUACCAAUCAUGACGUCUCAUCUGAGUUAUCAUCUAAGACAGUGCUUCUAACUGCAAACCAUCCCGGUGCUCUCUCAUCCCAUCACACUCAGAGCUUAGGAAUCCGCAGUACAAAAGUAUCUUGUAUCUUUUUGAUUUCAUUUUUUUUUUUAUAAACUUUUUUUGUGUGUGAUAUAUACAUACACAAACAUAUUGGUAUCACUCCAUUUUUAUUUUUUAAGAGGAUGACAUUUUCAUAUUAACCUUGUUUGGGUUCAAUUUGUCAACCCUUUGUGUCCCAGAGCAAGGCAUUGGGUUAAUAAAUCAUUUAAAAAGGGAUACAGGAUUUAGUUGAAUACAGUAAAAAAAAAAACAUGUAGCUAUAGGUUUAAGAUGGUUUAUGUUACAGCUCCCGGGUUCCUUUGUAUUCAGCUUUCGGAAAUGAAUUUAAAAAUCUUGUCUCUGUUUUUGUAAGUAAAUCACCAAGUUAGAGAUGCCACCACUUCUAUAAUAUACCGCAGGUCUUAAGAAAAAAUUGAGUUAUUUUGCUAAAUUGGCAAUGUCUUAUUAAAGCGACACGACUUGAUGACCAGUAUCAGGUGGAGAAAAAAUUCUUAGACAAAGUAGUCCCUACUGGUACUGGUUUUGUGUGCGCCUUGUGGAGGGGACAAAAUGCCAUUCUUCAACAUGUGAAUUGCCUGUUUUGUACUUCUAUAAGCUAAAUAUUGUGUGAUCUGAUAUCAAAAAGGGACAUUCAGGUUUAAAAUUCUUAUGAGUGGAAAGUCACAAAUAUCAGGGUUAUUUACCAAAGCGUGAAUUGAAAGGAAAUUAAUAUCAAAAUUAGACCAAAGUAGCCAAACUAGAAACAUUCUGCAAUCAGUUGUGUUUUCAAUUUGACUUUACUUUUGCCUAAAACCUACACUUCGAACAUUCCACAUAUUUAAGGAAAAAUUCUGUUAGGGUUCUGAAAACUGGAUUUACGGUUUUCUACUUUUUUUGGUUAAGCAGUUUUGGUGUACAUUUUGAAAUUCACUUUGCAUUCAUAUUACAGAAGAUGGGGCUUUAGGUGUAGCCUCUUAUAUUUGGCAAAAAAAGAGAUCCAUAUAACCAACCCAUCAGAAGAGUUCCUGACGGUAUCCAACAGACAGGAUUAUUUACUAAUGCAAGAAUUCAAAGUGAGAAGAACUGAAAGUAUUCCAGACUAAGAUAACGCUUCCAGUGUGGUUAUUUUGAACUUAAAUUUGAAAUUCACUUUGAAUUCUAACUCUUGUGAAUAACCCUGUUAAAAUGACUCUGAAGGCACUGGCAGAACGCUAAUUUCAACCCAUUUUGCCAUCCCAGCAGAUGAAUGAAUAGCAAACCCGAGAUUCUGCUCUGGUAAAACCAGUGAUCCUUGAUCUAUCUUUGAUAGGGAACCAAGUUACAUGCAUUGCCAUCAACUCUGUGCUCCGUCUGUAUAACAUGUAACAAUAUGAAUUUACAAAACAUCUUUGGAGAUUUCUAAGAAACUUGGAAGAUGCUAACACUAUUUAAAGGCAGUGCUGCUACAGUAACGAAUGUAAUAGACAUCCCGUGUUAGAUUAAAGGGACAAUGUAGGCACCAUAACUACUUCAUCUCAUUGAAGUGGUUAUAAUGGCCAGAGUCCACUGGCAUGGCCCUUCCAUUAAGCACUAAAUGUUUUAAUGAUCAACUAGAACCCCCCCAGCAGCCCAUCCCCUCUGUGCGGCUUGGACUAAUGUUGGAUCUUGAGCUGUAGUGUGCGCAUGACAGGCAUGAAUCGGUUUUGGCAGAGAUAUGAACCAAUACUGGCAACACUGGUUGCCAGGGGAAUCUAGGUAUAAUAACGAAUUCAAUGAGAUGAAAUGGCUAUAGUGCCCACAGUGUCCCUUUAAUGUGAUGUGCCUGAUCCAACUCUUAUGGGCUCCAGUUACAUAACACAGGAACCACGUUCUGGUCCUGACCCAGGUGUUAAGCUUAAAUCAACUUGUUAAAAAAAAUAAAAAUCUGUUUUGAAAUCUCUUACCACAUAACUAUUUAACUUGAUAGAGCUUGGAACUCAACAAUUUAGAGGGUGAAACCUGCUAUGGCUUUCAGAACUGAAACACUACUGACAAACAGGGUGAUCGAUUUAACUAGCAACUGCACAAUAUCUGGGCCCAAAAAGGUAGAUCUCCACGUUAUAGAACUACAACUCCCAUGAUGCUUUUCAUGCCUCUGGAAUAUCUAUAGAAUGACAAAGCAUCAUGGAAGCUAUAGUUUUAAAACAUCUGGGGAAUCUAUUUUCUGGGCAUGCCAGCACUAGGGAAUUGGGGAAAAUUUUAUAAUUUUUCCAGCUCCGGCCUAGUCAAUUCUCUGCAAUUUCUGGUUUAAUAGAUCACAUUGCUUGACUAUCUCAUUUCACACACUGACCCACUCUUCCUUUCCUGCCAAUUAUUCUCCCUUAUUAUUGUUUUUAUCAAACAUUGGAGACUUACACAUUGUAUGGUACUGGUUUAAUCAGGCAGCACAUACCAAAAUGUGGGUUACCUCACUGCGGUCUUUUUAUAGAUAGACCUACUUGAUAAAAAUUGCCAAACAACGCUAUAUGGGAAAACAUGGUCUACAUUAAAAGCAAAGUGUGUGUAGGAUGUGGGGGAAUAUGAUUACCAUUUGGUUAUUAAUGACAGCUAUGCUAAAUCUUUUGUCUGUAACUUGUUGAAUAAGGCUUGUACUCUACAGUCUAUGGGCCAGUCUCUUGUAAAGUAGACUCACAAACCGACGUUUAAAUAAAAAAAUUAAAAAGUUUUUUUUAUCGAAUAGUGUGUGUUUAAAUUUUUAACUUUGUAUUUUAGAAAUGAUUCUCACUUUUUCCUCCCAUGCCACGCUGGUCUCACUGCAGCUCAGAUCAUCAAUCUUUAGGAUCUUAGAGGCCAGGCUUCGCCAAACUCCGGCCCUCCAGAUGUUGCUGAACUACAACUCAUAAUUCUCAGCCUAUUUCAUUAAUAGAAUCAUGGGAGUUGUAGUUCAGCAACAACUGGAGGGCCGGAGUUUGGGGAAGCCGGUCUUAGGCAAUCCAAUGCUUUCUUGUAGGAAAGCAUUUGGGAGACUAUUGGGCAUGCGCAGCAAAGCGCCACCCAUCAUCUCCUCUUAGAGAUGCACUGAAUCAAUUCAUCUCUAUGAGAAACAUUCAGUGCCUCCUUCCAAGUUCCCCUUUCUUUAAUCAUACUUGUUCUUAU